AUGCGAAUCUCCUCAAAGGAAAGUGGUAGUAUAGUCUCACACUUACCAGAUGAUACUCAAGACAGUAUCGAGGUAUCAGGCAUGGGGCACGUGACUACACUCGAGGAUAUAGAGCAGGCGCCACGUGAGUUUGGCCGCGCGGACGCACAGAAGUCGGUGGCAUUGCAGCGCACACUCAAGCCCCGGCAUGUGUCCAUGAUUGCACUUGGAGGUACCAUUGGUACAGGGCUCUUCGUCGGAAUUUCAUCACCUCUCGCGAACGCGGGCCCCGUAGGCGCGCUAAUCGCAUACAUGAUUAUGGGCACCAUAGUGUACUGUGUGACGCAAUCGCUUGGUGAAAUGGCCACUUUCAUUCCGGUAGCCUCUUCGUUUACGGUAUUCACACACAGAUUUCUGUCGCCAGCGCUGGGCGCUGCUACAGGCUACAUCUACGCUUUUUCGUGGUGCGUUACCUUUGCUUUCGAAUUAUCUGUCAUCGGCCAGAUUAUCCAAUAUUGGACAAAAGCAGUGCCGCUGGCAGCGUACAUCGCCAUAUUUUGGGUUCCUUUGAUAGUCUCGAAUCUAUUCCCAGUGAAAUACUACGGCGAAUUCCAGUUUUGGAUAGCCAUUGUCAAGGUUAUCGCCAUUGUAGGGUUUAUUAUCUAUGCUUUUUGCAUGGUGUGUGGAGCCGGGGUCACGGGACCGGUAGGGUUUCGUUACUGGCGCCAUCCGGGGCCCUGGGGCAAAGGAAUUAUUUCAGGCAACGAAAAUGUGGCCCGGUUUCUGGGAUGGGUCUCGUCGCUGAUCAACGCAGCGUUCACGUACCAAGGAACAGAACUCGUGGGCAUCAGCGCGGGAGAAUCCGCAAAUCCACGCAAAUCGGUGCCGAAGGCCAUCAACAAAGUGGUUUUCCGAAUUUUGCUCUUCUACAUUGGGUCUCUGCUGUUUGUCGGCCUGCUGGUUCCGUACGACGACCCGAAAUUGGUAUCUACGUCCAGCUUCAUAUCGAGCUCGCCCUUUGUCAUCGCUAUCCAAAACUCAGGCACGAAAGUGUUGCCCGACAUUUUCAACGCAGUGAUCCUCAUCACCAUUGUGUCGGCGGCAAACUCGAACGUUUACGUCGGAUCACGUGUGCUUCUAGGACUUUCUGUCAGCGGCCUGGCACCAGCGUGGUUGGGCGUGCUGACCGCGCAGGGCGUUCCAUACGUGUGCGUUGCCACUGUCUCGCUGUUUGGAUCACUCGCGUUUCUAGCCGUUUCCAGCGCGGCCAAGACUUUUGGUUGGCUGCUGAACAUCAUCAGCAUUGCUGGGUUUUUUGCCUGGCUCUCUAUUUCCGUCGCGCACCUGCGCUUCAUAGCCGCUUUGAAACACAGAAAGAUGUCAAGAGAAGAGCUACCGUUCAAAGCAAAAUACAUGCCUUGGGCUGCCUACUACGCUGCUUGUUCGAUCACACUUAUCAUCCUGAUCCAGGGCUUCACCGCUUUUGCCCCCGCAUUCGACGUCUCGGAGUUUUUCGCGGCUUAUAUAAGCGUCCUGCUUUUCAUCGUCAUAUGGGCGUGUUUCCAGAUCAAGACCCGCUGUCCGCUAGCGUACCGGUCGUGUGACAUAGACAUCGAUACCGACCGAAAUGGCAUAGAUGGGUCUGAAAAGCACUGCGAGGGGGAGCCUCGUGCGGAGGAGACCGAUGAGGAUAUCCCGCGGAGCCGAAUUCGGGGCCGGUGGAUGGCGUUCUGGGCCGCUCUAGUCUGA